AUGGAUCUUCAACAACAAGACGAUAAGAACAUAUCGAAGAUUUUCACUCUUCUACGAUCGAAACUCAAUGCCAAAGAGAAAGAAUUACUUGAACUACAACGAGCACAGCCAUGUUUACUGGCACCGGAUCGUGAACAAAUCGAUGCUUUAGUAAAUCUUAUCUCUUCUCUACAAUUAUCAACACAAGAUGGUUCGUUUAUUUUUCCUUCAACCACAACAGCCACCACCACCACCACCGUCAUAGCAAAUGAAUCUUCUUCAACACCUAUAUGUUCAACAGGUGUUGAUACAAUUAAAACUCUACCAUCAAAUAUCUGGUUACCUUCAAUAACAAUUCCCAUAAAGGAGGAAGAACCAAAAAAUGAAUAUCGUCUACCUAUGGUUAGUCAUCUAUUAUCAUUACCAGUUAGUGCCUAUGUUGCGUCAUGUUCACCCAAUCACUCGACCGUCGAAACGAAACCUGCUGAACCAUCGCAUCGUCUUCCGAUGGUCAGUCAACUACUUUCAAUGCUUAUCAAUGCUUUCAAAUCAUCAUCAUCAUCAUCCACAGAUACUCCACAACUAAAUGACGUCAAACCGAUGGAAAUCGAAGAUAAGACAGAAAAAUUGACAAUUGAUAAGCAUGAGACGUUAUCAGUUGAACCAAUGAAGAGUAUUUUUGAAGUCGAACCAACUUAUUCGAAAGAACACUGGCUGAGAACGUCGUCAUCAUCUGACUCGGAAUUCGAAUCAAUUUCGUUUGAUUUAGACUCGUAUAUCGAACAAGCCAGUGACAAAAUGCGUCGUCUUCAUUUAGAAUACUUAGAAGCAUUAGAUAAAUUGAAAACGCCUACAAAACCAGAAGAUACAAUACAGGCAAUCAAGUCCAUAUACCCGCAAACCAUUGAUCGAGUUCAACCGAAUGCACCGGCAAAAAAAUCGUCACGUAUUUUUCCUUCAUUUAACUAA